AUGGCUAGUGUAUCCUAUCAAAUUGCAAAUCUUCUCGAGAAGAUGACGUCUACCGAUAAAGACUUCAGGUUUAUGGCAACUAAUGAUUUAAUGACUGAGUUACAAAAGGACAGCAUAAAGCUUGAUGAUGAUUCUGAAAGGAAGGUUGUAAAAAUGCUGCUUCGUCUCCUGGAGGAUAAGAAUGGGGAAGUGCAAAAUUUAGCAGUGAAAUGCCUUGGUCCUCUUGUCAACAAAGUCAAAGAAUAUCAAGUCGAAGGUAUUGUUGAUACUCUGUGUGCAAACAUGCUCUCAGAUACAGAACAACUAAGAGAUAUUAGCAGCAUUGGCUUGAAGACUGUCAUAUCGGAACUUCCCUUAGGCUCUAACACAUUGGCUGCAAAUGUAUGUAAGAAAAUAACUGGCAAACUGAGCAGUGCUAUUGAGAAGCAAGAAGAUGUAUCUGUUCAACUGGAGGCUCUUGAUAUACUAGCUGAUCUGCUGAGUAGGUUUGGUGGUUUGUUGAUCUCAUUCCAUCCUAUGUUGCUCAAUUCACUGCUGCCUCAGUUGGCUUCUCCCCGUCAGGCUGUCCGCAAACGCACCAUAGUUGCAUUAUCCCACUUGGUCAUGUCAUGCAAUGCAGCUCUCUACAACAAACUCAUUGAUCAUCUAUUGGAAGGUCUAAGCUCUUCAACAUCUUCUAGUGUUAGCCGAACUCAUAUACAGUGUAUUGCUUCUAUUUGUCGGCAAGCUGGCCAUAGAUUCGGUGAACAGUUAUGGCGUGUUGCACCACAAGUUUUAGAAUACUCAACCGAUAGUGAUGAAGAACUUCGUGAGCAUUGUCUGCAAGCACUUGAAGCUUUUGUACUUAAGUGUCCUAAGGAGGUCCAACCUCAUAUUCCAACAAUAAUCGAUCUUUGUCUCAAAAUGAUCACAUAUGACCCUAACUAUAACUAUGAAGAUGAAGAGGAAGAUGGCGGAGGUGAGGAUGAAGAAAUGGAAGACGAAUCUUUUACACCUGAUGCAGAUCCCGAGUCUGACUCUGAAGAAUAUUCCGAUGAUGAUGAUAUGUCUUGGAAGGUGAGGCGUGCGGCUGCAAAGUGUCUAGAAUCAGUUAUCGCAACGCGUCACGAACUUCUUGCCGAAAUGUAUGUCAAUGUCUCACCUGCUUUAAUCGCCAGAUUUAAAGAACGGGAAGAGAACGUGAAAUGCGAUAUUCUCAGUGCCUACACAGCCUUAUUGAGAGCAACUCGGCCACCACCAGCUUUGCAAAUGGCAAUCCCAACUGACAAUUCUCCUCAAGCUUUAUUGUUGCAAAGGGUGUCCGGCGUAGUGCGUGGCGCACUGCGGGUGAUCCGCGGUCGCAGUGUUCGCGCACGCGGCUGUGCGCUGGCGCUGCUGCGCGAGCUGCUGGCGGCCGCGCCCGGCUGCCUCGUCGACCACGCCGCCAGGGUCAUCCGCGCGCUUACCCCUGCUCUCACGGACAAAAGCACAGCAUCGUCAAUGAAGAUCGAGACGCUAGUGUUUGUAGUCUGCUUGGUCCGCGGACACCCUCCAGAGACAAUGAGACCGCACGUGGCGGCGCUGCUGCCGGCAGUACUGGGCUGUGUGCACGACCCUUUCUACAAGGUCACUGCUGAAGCUCUGCGAGUACUGCAAACGCUUGUCAAAGUUAUGCGUCCGCUGGAUUACACUGGGAACAUAGAAACGGACGACAUUUAUGUCGAGCCACCAGCAGAAGAGUUACAACAGUUCAUUCCUGCGAUAUAUGAGUGCACUUUAGUUCGCCUCCGUGCUACUGACAUGGACCAGGAAGUUAAAGAGCGUGCGAUCGCCGCUUGCGGUCAACUUCUCUGUCACUUCGGUGAUUUUUUACAACAUGAGUUGCCUGUGUGCUUACCCAUAUUUUUGGAGCGACUACGCAAUGAGAUUACUCGUUUGACUACGGUUAAGGCUCUAACUAAGGUUGCGUCGUCACCUCUGAGAAUUGAUCUAAGACCUAUUUUAACGGAUGCCGUGCCUAUCUUAGGUUCGUUCCUUAGAAAAAAUCAGAGAGCAUUAAAAUUGUCAACUUUGGUAUUGCUGGACACUCUUGUACAGAACUAUAGUAAUGCUAUAAGCAUAGAGCUUCUAAGUAAGGUGUUGAUGGAGGUACCGGCGCUGGUGUGCGAGGCGGACCUGCACUGCGCGCAGACGGCUCUGACGCUGGUGCGGGGCGCGUGCUUGCGCUGUCCCGCAGCGCUUACUCACGAAGCACGAGCGGCACUCACGCCAAACAUACUUGCGCUAGCCAAGUCGCCAUUACUACAAGGCGGUGCUUUGAAGGCUAUGUUAGGCGUGCUGAGCGCCCUGGUGAAGGCCGACGUGGCGGGCUGCUCUCGACGGGAACUAUUGGAACUGUUGGUGGCGCCCGUACAUCGCUUACAUGAACACAAUGCAUCUGCACAUCAUAUUAAACAGGCGUUCCAUUCGCUGGCGAAAUGUGUAGCGGCUGUAGUAGUCGAGGGAGGGGAAGAUGCACUAGAUGUAGUCCGGGGCUUCUUGCGUGACGCUGCACAACCCACUUCUGACGCACAUCACAUGUUCGCGUUACUUGCGCUUGCUGAGAUCGGCCGCCAUUUAGAUUUAAGUUCCAUACCGAACUUGAAAGAAGUACUAUUAAGUUCAUUUACGCCGUCAUCCGAGGAAGUGAAAUCUGCAGCUAGCUAUGCACUUGGCUCGGUAGCGGUAGGCAAUUUGCCUGAAUUCCUACCAUUUAUUCUCGGAGAAAUCGAGGCACAACCUAAACGACAAUACCUACUAUUACACUCAUUGAGGGAGAUAAUUUCUUGUGAAUCCUGCACUCCUGAGGGCGUAGAGGCUCUGAGGCCUUUUAUACCCGAGAUAUGGGUACAACUGUCUAAGCACUGCCAAUGUGCGGAGGAAGGAUCUCGUAAUGUGGUUGCUGAAUGCUUAGGAAAAUUAUGUUUACUAGAACCAAAAGACUUAUUGCCACAUCUGAAGGAAUUCCUGAAGUCACCGGAACCGCUUACAAGGACGACUGCCGUCACAGCUGUUAAAUUUACUAUUUCUGAUCAGCCUCAAGCCAUCGACCCUCUACUUCGUGGCUGCAUGUCAGAGCUACUAGUCCCAUUAUGCGAUCCCGAGCUGGGUGUGAGACGAGUGGCGCUCGUGGCGUUCAACUCUGCGGCUCACAACAAACCUUCGCUCAUUCGAGAUCUGUUGCCGCACGUCCUGCCUACUAUUUACAGUGAAACCAAAGUUAAGAAGGAACUGAUUCGGGAAGUCGAAAUGGGUCCUUUCAAGCACUCAGUCGACGAUGGUUUAGACCUCAGGAAGGCGGCUUUCGAAUGCAUGUAUACGCUGCUGGGAACAUGUCUUGACCGUCUUGAUGUUUUUGAGUUUUUAAGACACGUGGAGGAUGGACUACGUGACCACUAUGACAUUAAGAUGCUCACAUAUCUGAUGUGUGCACGUUUGGCACAACUAUGUCCUGCUGUUGUCUUACAGAGGUUAGAAAGUUUAGUGGAACCCCUCAGAGCGACAUGUACAAUGAAGGUAAAGGCAAACUCAGUAAAACAAGAAUACGAGAAACAGGACGAGCUUAAAAGAUCAGCGCUUAGAGCAGCUGCUGCACUGUUACAAAUACCUGAAGCAGAAAAAAAUCCUCACCUAAUGGACUUCGUGACCCAAAUUAAAUCGUUCCCUGACCUACAGCCCAUUUUCGAGUCGAUCCUCAAGGACUCAAUGUGCGGCAGUGGUGUCGACUCGAACCUGAUGGACCAAAGCUAG